GAACCAGGUUUAAACUUCACACACUGCGCAUGCGUAUAACCUAAGCGGAAGUGUCGUCACUUCCUGCCGCAACCCGUGUCGUUCUUUCUGCUCACGGGCUGCCAUCAUGGUGUUCAAACGCUUCGUCGAGAUAGGACGCGUCGCCUACAUCGCUUUCGGGCCUUACGCCGGCAAGCUGGUGGCCAUUGUCGAUGUCAUCGACCAAAAUAGGGCACUUAUCGAUGGUCCAUGCACAGGCGUGAAGAGGCAGGCCUUGCCCUUCAAAUGCAUGCAGCUCACGGACUACGUCAUCAAAGUACCUCACAGUGCGCGUCAAAAGUUUGUGCGGAGAGCUUGGGAGAAGGCCCAAGUCAACGAGAAGUGGGCGAACAGCAGCUGGGCCAAGAAGAUCGAGGCAAGGGAGAAGCGUGGCAAAAUGUCCGACUUUGACCGCUACAAGGUGAUGAAAGCCAAGAGGAUGAGGAACAAGAUCAUCAAGCACGAGGUGAAGAAGCUCCAAAAAGCAAAGGCGCUGGCGGCAAAGAAGAAGUAAUUUUUUUUCACAAUAAACAUUCUGGUUUGUUCCACACCUUUA